AUGUGCCUAACCUUUGGAUUUACCCUGUGGCCAACCUUAACGAUAAACUGCACGCUCUAUUUAAUGAGGACCGAUCGGAACAGGCCGAUUUCAAUUUUCAAUACAAUUUCUCGGGCUGUAGCUGUACAGACUUUUGUCUCGCCAUUAGAAGAGAUUGCUGGAGGUUUGGUGGUGGUAUGGCUGUUUAAUCCGGGUAUCAGACCCAAGACCCCAAAUAGAUCUACGCCUUUCAAUCAGCACCACCUCCAUGCUAUCAGGACUCCACCUGCGUUACGGAGGCGUGACAGGACCAUGCCCAUGGCCAGCCGGUGGAUAGUCAGGAAGAUCGACUCCGUCGAUACCGAUGCAUCAAGAAACACAAUUCCCGGGCCCACCCACAAAGCAUCACGGAGUCUCUCACCACGCCGCCGCUGCCGUCGCACCCAUUAG